AAAGUAAGACUGAAAUCAAACUGUUAUCAUUGGCGUCUUGGCGUAGGUGGCACACGUUGUUGUGAGAACAUGGGCGAAAUUUACCUCAUCAUCCCUGCUUUAUUGCUAUUUUGCAUUUCUGGAGUAGACAGCACAGACAUUACUCAUGGGUUAAAAGUUACCAAGUAUUCCAUUGUGCAACCUCAGCUGCUUCCUACUAAGAACUCUGAGGAGAAUAAAUCAUACGUGCUAGAAAUAGGCAACAGAUCUCGCAUCCUUCAGUUAAAGAGGAACAGAGACUUUUUACAUCCGGACUUUCUUCGGGAUACUUUAAACAGUGCUUCUAAUCACACAACUCGUCCGAAACAUGUGCAUUGUUAUUAUCAUGGAGUGGUGGAAGGCUACGAGAAUUCCGUGGUGGCACUCAGCACGUGCUACGGAUUGAGGGGUGUGCUCAUUUUCGCAAACGACAGCUAUGGAAUCGAGCCCGUGCCGCUGUCCCACACCGACGAUCACUUCCUGUACCGACUGGCCGAUAUUCAGACCGAACCCGUCAACUGCGGCGUGGUCCACGAGGCAGAAGCCACCCCGAGCCAUGAACCUUUUCAGCCCACACGCACCAUCUCGGCUUUGCUGCGGAAAAAACGCAAUUUACCUCAGACCAGAUAUGUGGAGCUGGUUUUGGUUGUGGAUCAUCUCAGGUAUCAGUUCAAGCAAGGAAAUGAGUCAGCGAUAUUCGAGGAGAUGGUGGAAAUGGCCAACCUGCUUGAUGGGUUUUACAAGCCGCUGAACAUCCGCAUGGUGCUCGUGGGCCUGGAGAUUUUUAGCGAGCCCAACCCAUUCCAAGUGGAGGAUACCGCGGGCACCGUACUGCGUAGCUUCGUCAAGUGGAGGAAGUCGGACCUGUUGCCGAGGAAACGGCACGACAUCGGUCAGCUCGUGGUCGGUCGGCCCAAUUCGUACCCGGGGGGGGUGUUGGGGAUGGCUUUUGUUGGCACCGUGUGCUCGCCCACCAGCUCUGGAGGAAUCACCGUGUUUGGUGACGACGAUGUGGUUUACGCCUCCAGUGUUGUGGCCCACGAAAUCGGUCACAACCUGGGCAUGAGUCAUGACGACAACCGCUGCAGCUGUGACGGAAAAAGCUGCAUCAUGGCAGCGACCGCCAGCGGCGCCACAAGUUUCAGCCGCUGUAGCGCCGAAGAUUUCGAGACGCUCAUCAUUAGCGGGAAAGGGGUGUGUCUGAUGAACCAGCCCUCCCUUUCGGACGUGGUCGGCGCGGCCAAGUGCGGCAACGGCUUGUUGGAAGAAGGCGAGGAGUGUGACUGCGGCGAACCAGAGGAAUGCAAUAAUAAAUGCUGCAACGCCGCGACUUGCCAACUCACCUCCGGGUCGUCUUGCGCUCAGGGGAGCUGCUGCAGCGACUGUCAGCUCAAAGUAGCCGGGACGCCGUGCAGGACGUCUGCCAACGCGUGUGAUCUUCCCGAAUUCUGUAACGGCACCAGCGCCUUCUGCCCCAACGACUUCUACCUCAUGGACGGCCUUUCCUGUCAGGACAAAACGGCGUACUGCUACGAGGGCCGGUGUCAGACUUACGACUCCCAGUGUAAAAGUCUCUUUGCGCCAGAUUCGGCAACAAAGGCAGCAGAUGAUUGCUUCCUGCAUGCAAACAUGGAGGGAAACCUAUUCGGGAACUGCGGGAUCACCAGCAACGGAGAUUAUAUCAAAUGUGCUGUGGCGGACGCCAUGUGCGGGAAGGUGCAGUGCACGAAUGUGAACGUCAACCAGCCGCCUCCAGGCGCUCACGUCAGUAUCCAGAUCAUAAACGGGUUCAGAUGCGUCAACGCCGAUUUCAACCUGGGUACGGACGUGCUGGAUCCCGCCUAUGUCAACCCUGGGAGUCCUUGCGCUGAAGGAAAAACCUGUCUGGAUUUUAAAUGCGUCAACGCCUCGGCUCUGCUGCCCAACGUGGACUGCGACGCUGAGAGAAAGUGCAACAGCCACGGGGUAUGCAACGACCAAGGGAACUGCCACUGCGACGACGGCUGGAGCCCACCAAACUGUGACCGAACAGGGAUCGGAGGGAGCAUUGACAGCGGUCCUCCUAAAAUAGACUACUCGCUCAGGGACGGCCUUCUGAUCUUCUUUCUGCUGGUUGUUCCUCUACUGGUUCUUCUCAUCCUGGUGCUUCUGUUUGUCUUUCGGAGAGAUACACUCAACUCAUGCCUCAAACCAGUACGCCGUUCCAGGCCACAACGUGCUGGACAGGCCAGUGCCAAUGGAUCUUCAAACAGAAAUACUGAGGCACAUGCCAAUACUCGUAUUCCAACAGAAGUUCCUCCACAGAGGCCUCCAUAUCCACCAGCUACCUCAGCUCCGAUUUCUGGUUUCAGAUAUGGAGAACUGGAUUAUUGGAACACAGAUUCUAAUACUACCUCUGCACAUCCACAAGCUCCCAGGCAGGGACCCGGGGUCCCCAAACCCAUUCCCUCCCCUCAACCACCGAACUAAGUUGAUCUUUCUUUUUCUUUUUUGUAUGUUUAAUGUGAGAAGUGUUUUUUUUUUACAUCUGAGGAGAAACUGUCAAAAAUACACUCUUAAAAUCUUUGAAGUUGAUUGUUUUAACGUAGUUUAUGCUGUCAUUUGUAUUGAUGCUUAAUAUUUAUUGGAAUGUAUGUAAUGGAAUUAAGUAAAUCAGAUACUGUAUAUAUUUGUAUAUUUUCCAGGUAAUUUUAAUGCUUAUGUGAAUUAAAGGAAAUGCCAAUUAUAAUAAAUAAAUUUGUCUAAUGCUUGAA